AUGAAGAUUUGUGGGAGGUUGAAGUUUAAUUCACUAGAACAUGAAUCCACAUACCUUACAGAACUACAACUUGAUCAACACAUAACGACACACACGAUUUACAAUCAGAAAGAUACAGAACAGAAAAAAUUGAUGUCCGAUCACAAAAUGUUCGGCAGAGCAGAAGGCGAAAUAUAUUUAAAAACUACAAACAAGCCAUCACGACUCGUAGUCAAUGAAUGA